CAUUCUUUCGAUGAAAUUAAUUUUAAUUAAAAAAAAAUUGUGAAAUAGUGAGCGACUGUUAAAUAGAAGGCCCGCCAAGAUGUCGCGCCACAGGAUUGUUCGGACGAUGGAUUACAAAGACGAAUACGAUGAUGCCCAACAAUGGCUGUACGACCGGGAGCGCGGCAGGCAGAGCAUCUCCACCUUCAUUAGCAAGAACAAAGACAUCAAGGAGGAAGGAGAGCACGACGAGGACGCCGAGGACGAGGCCUACGAGAAGGCCAGACGCGACUCGGAGAGCUUCCAGAUGCCCGAACUGAACGAAAUGGACCAGGCCAAGCUGAGUUCCUGCGUGGACGAGGUGCGGAGUGUGGUGGGCGACACUGUGUCCGAGCGCCGCAUUGUGGAGACCUCCAUGAAAUUUGACUACGACAUACAGAAGAUUUUGGACGAGAUCCUAAACGGAGAGACAAAGAAGUCGGCGAAACCUACGCUCCGACCGAAGGUGCCUGUCCCCAUUGCAGCCACUACAGUGAAGUCUGCCAGCAAGCCCCCGCCCCCGGCAAAAAUCAGCCUAAAGGAGCCGCGGCGUGGCUUUGAAAUAGCUUCUCCCAAGUUACCGUCCUCCCCUGUAGUCUCUGGCAGGAAUUCCCCCGUCGAGGUGGGAGAAGGCGAUUUGUCCCGCACUUCCGCCAGCCUCUUUAAGGUCUCUAAGGACCAGUCCCAACGCAAUGCCCAGCAACUGUACGAGAAGGAGCGAGCCGACCAAAAGAGCCACAUCCACAUGAUCGUCAUCGGCCAUGUAGAUGCGGGAAAGAGCACCCUGAUGGGCCACUUACUCUACGACACAGGAAACGUCUCGCAGCGCGUGAUGCACAAGCACGAGCAAGAGUCCAAGAAGCUUGGGAAGCAGAGCUUCAUGUACGCCUGGGUUCUGGACGAGACCGGCGAGGAGCGUGCCCGAGGUAUUACCAUGGACGUGGGGCAGUCUCGCAUCGAGACAAAGACAAAGAUUGUGACUCUGCUAGAUGCGCCUGGCCACAAGGAUUUCAUACCCAACAUGAUCUCCGGUGCCACACAGGCGGAUGUGGCCCUCCUAGUGGUGGAUGCCACGCGGGGCGAAUUCGAAUCCGGCUUUGAGCUGGGUGGACAGACGCGCGAGCAUGCCAUCCUGGUACGAUCCCUGGGUGUAAACCAGCUGGGCGUGGUUAUCAACAAGCUGGACACUGUUGGCUGGUCCCAGCAGCGAUUCACGGAGAUUGUCACCAAACUAAAGUCCUUCCUUAAACAGGCGGGCUUCAAGGAGUCGGACGUAAGCUUCACGCCCUGCUCUGGCCUGACCGGCGAGAAUCUCACCAAGACAGCCCAGGAGGCCGCACUCACCAGCUGGUACAGUGGUCGCCACCUGCUGGACGUGAUUGAGAAUUUCAAGAUACCGGAGCGGGCCAUCGACAGACCGCUGCGGAUGUCAGUCUCGGAUAUCUACAAGGGCACUGGUUCUGGAUUCUGCAUUUCUGGACGAGUUGAGACUGGUAUGAUCUGCGUGAAUGAUAAGGUGCUGGUCGGCGCAAGCAGGGAGCAGGCGCAGGUCAAGUCCCUGACCAUGGAUGAGUUCACCCAGACGAGCGUCUUUGCUGGCGAUCAGAUUUCGGUGACGCUGGCCGGCGUGGAUAUCAACAACAUAACCGUCGGCUGCAUCAUCAGUGACCCACAGACACCUAUUCCCGUGACCACACGCUUCCAGGCCCGCAUCAUCGUCUUCAGUGUCAAGGUGCCCAUUACCAUGGGGUAUCCGGUGCUGCUCCACCACCAGUCGCUCAUCGAGCCGGCUGUUGUUUGCAAACUGACGGCAUCCAUACACAAGAGCACCGGCGAGGUGGUAAAGAAGAAGCCGCGUUGCCUAGGCAGCAACUCGUGUGCCCUGGUCGAAUUGGAGACGAGUCGCCCCAUCUGCAUAGAGCGGUACGCCGACUUCAAGGAACUGGGUCGCAUCAUGUUGAGGGUGGCUGGUGUCACGAUUGCUGCUGGAAUGGUCACAAAGAUACGCUGAGCUGAGGGGGCUGCUGAAAUUUCUAAAUUUUAGUUACAAAUUUUUUUGUUUUGCUAAAUAUAAAACAAACAGUAGAACCAGUUCUAAAAGACGUUGGAGCAGUGGAA